UUCUGUAAAUAGAACGUAUUGUAAUCUCGCUCCAGUCCAACGUGGUUCCUCCGGAGCGCCGCUCGUCCCGCGCGACUCGUCGGUUUGUGGAUGACAUGAAUGAAAAACAGGACAGGCCUUAUGUGUGCGGCGCCCCGGGCUGCUCUCAGCGCUUCCAGUCAGAGGAGCACCUGAUCCUCCACAGCCGCAAGCAUGAGAUGACCCUCAAGUUCCCCGCCAUCAAAGCAGACACGGCCUUUACAGACCAGACGCCAACGCCAACACGAUUUUUACAGAACUGUGAAGAGGUUGGUCUGUUCAAGGAGAUAGAGGAAGAGUUCCUUCAAGCACAAGAAGAGGAAAAGAGCAAACAGACGCUUACCAAUAAUGGGCCAUCCUGUAUGAGCCAGCACCAGCUCAAACCCCAGCUUCAGCUCCAGCACACGCAUCCCCAGCCUCAGCACCCACAUCCCCAGCCACCGCUGCACAACCCCCACCCCCACGCUCUGCAACGUCCACAGUGUCAUGGCCCCAUGAUCGGCCCCAGCUGCAACCUGGCCGCCCAGCAAACACUGUCCUCCUCCCAGGCCGGAUCGGUCAUCACCCAGGCUCCUUCCAUGCUCACACACUCAGGCCCAGUUCCCGGGCCGCUGUCCUCCCUCCUUUACAUGCGGAACAGACACAGGCAACCAUUGCCGGCCUCCUUACCUGGCACGCUGCCUGAUCCCGCCAUGCAGGGAGCGUCUGCGCAGCACAUGCCUAUCGAGAAGCAGAUGUCUUGUCUAAUGGGGAUACCAGGUCCCGUACACAACCCCUCCUGUUCCUCGCCUCAGAGAUCCAAACAGACACUGGGUCAUCAUUUCCAACAGCACCACCCAGGAAUGGUUUCCAUCCACAACCCGGGAACAUCUAUGGGUCAUAGGAUGGACAUGAUGUCACAGUGCCACCAGGCCCCUCCGCUACGGCACCACCAUCAUCCUCAUCAUCCGCAGCCUCCAGCUCCAACCCUCCCUUACCCGCAGCGGUGCCACGGCCCUCCUCCGCAUCACCUGCAGGGAAACUCGCUCAACCACCAGCUCCACCAUUCAGGGAACGCAUCGCACCCUCAGGCGCACCAGUCACCGCCUUCUCACCUUCACCAGGCCUCACCGCCUGAGCCUCCGCGGCCUGUUUCGGCAGAGUUAUCGCCAGUUGGACAGCAGAUGCACCCUUUGCACCAUUCUCAUUCCCAGCAUGACAUGCAGGCAGGGGGUGGGGGGGCACGAGAAGGAGGAGGCAGCAACCGUCGCCGGAGGACGGCAGAGCAGGACCCCGACGAGCGCAGGCAGAAGUUUCUGGAGCGCAAUCGGGCUGCGGCCACCCGCUGCCGACAGAAGAGGAAGGUGUGGGUGUCGUCGCUGGAGAAGAAAGCUGAGGAGCUGACGCACACAAACCUGCAGCUACAGAACGAGGUGACGUCGUUGAGGUCAGAGGUGGGUCAGCUCAAGCAGAUUCUGGUCACCCACAAGGAAUGUCCUGUCACCACCCGGCAGAGAGAAUCACAGGGGUACCCCACUGCAGGAGGAAGUCCCACUCCUGUCGGCCCUGCAGCGUCUCAUGUGCUGGCCAUCCAACACAACAGCAUCUCCACCUCCUCCACAGCUGCGGGCGACACGAGCCCCGACUCCCAGCCCGGACACUAGUGCUCGUCAUGUAGAGGAGGGGGUACGAUUGGACUGAAAUAUGGUUCUGUCAUGAAAGUCUCGCCCGACUGUGGAUCUCUUUACGUUGCAGAUGAAAUACUGAACUGGAUGGUGAAUUUAUAAAUCCAUGUGAACACUGAGGUAUUUUUUUUUUUUAACAUUACUCAAAUUUCUUUCUGGUUUUCUGCUUCAGAAACACAUGCUGAGAGAUUUAAUUUCCAUUACGUGUGCAACUAGAGGGGCACUCAGUCAAGCGCAUAUCUCCGCCAAGGCCCAACAGUCCCCUUAAGUGCAAUCAAGGUGAUUAUACUUAUAGAAAUCAAUCCCUUAAAAUGCCUGAUUUUUGUCAUCUAGUUUCAUGAAUUAUUCAGAGGAAAAUCAGUGAAAAUAUCAAAGAAAGUGAGAAAAUAAUUCCUGGAUCCGCACCAAAUAUUAAAGGGGUCUUCCCUGUCCCAUAGCCCAUCCUUCCACAAAGUUUCCUGGUUAUCCGUCCAGCAGUUUUUGCGUUAUUUUACGUAAACCAACCAACCAACCAACCGAUUCGGGCGAAAGCAUAAUGUCCUUGGCAGGGGAAAAAAUGCCCUUUUCUGAAAGCCUUGUUGAAAACUGUGAUGCUUCGUGGUGACUGCAUCCUGUGUUUGUUCAGAAAAGGCCUGUUUCUGUUCACAGCAAUCUGACAUUGCCUGCUGCCCACUGACUAUACACACACACAAACACACACACACACACACACACACACACACACGUAUCAUCAUAUCAUAAAGCAUCAUUUCAGUCUUCUCUCGCUCUAAUCUUGCACUAAUUUAAAAAACAAAGCCUAUGUAUUAGUUUUUAUCUUUAACCGAGCAGCUGCAAGUGCACACCUUAUGCCAUUCUGUCAAAACUAUGUAUUUUUAUAUAUAUAUAUAUAACUAAUGGGAAGACAAAGAAUAAAUGUGUAUUUUAAGAUGUCAAAUCAAACCCACACCUAUCUUGGAAAGCCAUUUAAAACACGACUUAGCAACUGCCUUGAGAUAUACUAAAUGCCUCAAAGCAACACUUCAUGUCUCAAGCCCUGACACAUUAAUUUAAUUUACACUUUUUUGCACUGUAAAGAUGUUGACAAUCGCUGUAAAUCUAAUGCUAAAAUAAAAACAUUU